CAGAAAAUGACAACCCAUAGCAACAAACAGCCUUCAUAGAUAACCUGUGUCAGGAACACAACAAAAUACGAAUGUAGUGUAAAAUAGUUAAGAUAACAAUAACUUUAUUCAACAUCCAUUCAUUACCUCAGAUAGGUAAUUCUACCUCUCUGGAUCCCUCCCUGUAGAUAGAGUUGAAUAUUAUUCAGUGUUGGCCAGAGCGGUUGUGGGGGCAAAAAAUCAAUAGAAUAAAUAGAAUCAAAAAUAAAUAAAGCGAAUUGAGUUAACCCGAAUAUUUUUAAGGAUUUUAAGUCCAUUCCUAGGACAGGAAAAACAAAACAAGACCAAACAACUACGAACGGGUUUCGCCUUUUGUCUUUCAUUUUUCAUCUUCAUCUUCAUCUCUCUCUCCCUCCCUCUCACUCACUCUCGUAAUUCUCCCCUCCAACCCCCCACUCCCUCCAAUCCUCCAUUCUCUCGAGUCUCAACUCCUCCAGCUGGGAGACUAAAUAAAUAACAUCAUCUCCCAAACCGCAACCGGGGUUCAUACAGUCAGUUCCAUCAGCUUCGUGCAAAAACCAAAGCACGAAAAACAGUUUUAAGAAAAACGGGCACCACAUCCUUUAGGGGAGGGAUCCGUACAACAGAACAGGAAGAUAGAUCUCCGGUAUCGAUUUGAUCCAUAUUCGCCAUGGGUGAAUCUAGGCAAGAGUUGUUGGCGUGGUUGAACAACCUGCUGCAGCUAAACAUUACCAAAGUCGAGCAAUGCGGUACCGGGGCUGCGCUAUGCCAGGUCUUUGAUUCUAUAUACAUGGAUGUACCCAUGGCGAGAGUCAAGUUCAAUGUCAAUACUGAAUACGCCUACCUCCAAAACUUCAAGAUCCUGCAAAAUGUCUUCAUACGGCACCAAAUAGACCGUCCCGUCCCCGUUGAAAAUCUCAUCAAAUGCCGAAUGCAAGAUAACCUCGAAUUCCUCCAAUGGACUAAGAAGCACUGGGACCAAUACUACCCAGGUGGUGAAUAUGACGCCCUCGGCAGACGAAAGGCCUCUGGGGCCCCAGCCUCCAAUUCCACACGUACUACAUCUGCCUCAGGCGCACGAAGAGGUGGCACGACACCCGUGAACUCAGCGGGCGGCCGGCCACGACUCGCUGGUGGUGUUGGUGGAGCCAACUCAGCCGCAUUGACGGCCGAGAUAAAUGCGCAAAAGGAAGCCAUCGCCGGCCUGGAGAAGGAGCGCGAUUUUUACUUUUCAAAGUUGCGAGACAUCGAGCUGUUGCUGCAGCAGGCUGUCGAGGCGGAUCCAGAGCUGGAUAAGGAUGACGAUUCGCUCGUGAAACAUAUUCAAGCUAUCCUCUAUUCGACUGAGGAGGGCUUCGAAAUACCCGAGGCAGAAGGGGCUGCCGGAGGCGAGGAACUAGAGACGUUUUAAGCAACCAUAGAGAGAAAAAGGAAACUGCUUGCUCAAAUCCUUCUCCUUAUUUACCGUGUUUUGUGAUGUGCGUUUUAUUGUUCGGCCAGCCUGUCAAAUGAGCUUCUGUGGCUGCAUGUCUUUCUUUCUAUAUUUCCUCCUUUUCGUCACAAGUUACCGUUUCUCAACCAUACUUCUUCUAAAAUAAUGAGGCUUUUGGUCCUUGUGUCAUUUUUCGAUAAUUUCUCCUUUUUCUAUUGGCUCUAUUGGCCUUUUUUCUUUUCUUUUUUUUCUUUCUUCUUUUUUGUGUACUCCGCACUCGAGUUUGGCACAAUUUCAUCUAGCCCUGUUCCUGCCCCUGUCCUAUCCUCCGGUACUUGCCACCAUUGCCUUUCCUACCCCAAAAUAUCAUAACAUA